ACACUACCCACCCAAGGUAUAUAUACACAGCAUAAACAUUGGAGGUGGAGGUAAGUUCCAUGAGAGAGAGAGAGAGAGAGAGCAAGAAAUAAACAAUAACGAAAAUGGCGGAUUCAUUAGUUCUAUGAAUUUUGUAGCGCAUUUGGAUUGACGCACCGAUUAAAAUUUCUUUUCCGAUUGAUUAUAUCACCUGAAUGUGAGUGCAGAAAUUUGUUGGCCCUGUGUGAAUUUAGGUGUGUAUGUUGGGGAUUUUAGGGAAAAUAUUUGUGAUGCUGGCAAUGAAUUUAUCUGGCUGAGGGAAAUCGAUGGAUUCAGCAAGGAGCUGGUUACAUAAGUUUCAACCAAGGGAUCGGUUGAGAUCCAAUACUCGAAAGAGGGAGGAGUCGAUGGGUGACCUUGAAGAUCCGAAGAGCCAAGUAACGGAUGAAGAAGCCUCAAAUAUAACAAAACAGAAGGUUGCUGCUGCUAAAAAGUAUAUUGAAAACCAUUAUAAGGAACAAAUGAAGAACUUGCAAGAGAGGAGAGAACGGCGAAUCCUACUCGAGAAGAAACUAGCUGAUGGUGAUGUUUCAGAGGAAGAUCAAAACAACUUGCUUAGAUUUUUAGAGAAGAAGGAAACUGAAUACAUGCGCCUUCAAAGGCAUAAAAUGGGGGUUGAUGAUUUUGAGCUACUUACCAUGAUCGGAAAAGGGGCAUUUGGUGAGGUCAGAAUCUGCAGGGAGAAGACUACAGGCAGUGUAUAUGCCAUGAAAAAGCUUAAGAAAUCAGAAAUGUUACGUAGAGGUCAAGUUGAACAUGUGAAAGCUGAAAGGAAUCUGCUUGCCGAGGUGGAUAGCAAUUGCAUUGUGAAGUUGUAUUGUUCUUUCCAAGAUAAUGAAUAUCUAUACCUCAUAAUGGAAUAUCUACCUGGUGGAGACAUGAUGACUCUGCUUAUGAGAAAAGAUACAUUGACCGAUGAUGAAGCCAGAUUUUAUGUUGCUGAAACAGUUUUGGCUAUUGAAUCCAUCCACAAGCAUAAUUAUGUGCAUAGAGAUAUCAAGCCUGAUAAUUUGCUACUUGAUAGAUAUGGACAUUUGAGAUUAUCAGAUUUCGGACUUUGUAAACCUUUAGAUUGUAGCACACUGGAAGAUAAGGAUUUCUCUCCUGAGGAAAGUGUCUCCAAUUCAACAGGUGAGGGGAAUGCUGCUGCUCCAAAACGCACACAACAAGAACAAUUGCAGCAUUGGCAAAAAAAUAGGAGGACACUUGCUUAUUCAACUGUUGGCACUCCUGAUUAUAUUGCCCCAGAGGUUCUACUAAAGAAAGGUUACUCAUUGGAAUGCGAUUGGUGGUCUCUUGGUGCCAUUAUGUAUGAGAUGCUCGUGGGAUAUCCACCUUUCUACUCCGAUGAUCCGAUGUCAACUUGUAGAAAGAUAGUACAUUGGAAAUCCCAUUUGAAGUUUCCACAAGAAGCACAACUUUCCUUGGAAGCAAAAGAUCUUAUCAGCAGACUGCUCUGCAAUGUCAACCACAGGCUAGGCUCAAAAGGCGCAGAUGAAAUAAAGGCUCAUCCCUGGUUCAAAGGUAUUGAUUGGGACCGAAUAUAUCAUAUGGAAGCCGCAUUCAUUCCCGAAGUUAAUGAUGAAUUAGAUACUCAAAAUUUUGAAAAGUUUGAAGAGUCUGAACAUCAAAGUAAGAGUUCAUCAAGAUCCGGACCAUGGAGAAGGAUGCUUUCGUCCAAGGAUAUAAACUUUGUUGGCUACACUUACAAGAACUUUGAGAUUGUCAAUGAUUAUCAAGUCCCUGGAAUGGCUGAACUUAAAAAGAAGAAAAACAAACCGAAGAGACCGACAAUCAAGUCACUAUUUGAAGAAGAGUCGGGUAACGAAUCAUCAUAAGGGCACCAUUGGAAUUGCAUCAAUACUUGUCCUAUCUCUUCCGAUUGCUUGAUCGAUACCAACCGGUGAAAAUUGUCAUAAUUGUCAAAUAUGGUUGAAGAAUUAGAUGAAUUUUUGUGAGGCUAUUUUACUUUUAAUUAGCCAUCAAAGUUAAAUGUAGAGGCGUUUACUAGUUACUUUCAUAUCUUUUACAGUACCAUUUUUCUUGACUUCGAGCCUAAAGAAAUCUUGUGUAUAAAGAGCCCAGCGUUGUAUAUUGGAAUCAUAGUGAAAUUACUAGUCAAAUGUGCACAUGCACUUGUUUCA